AUGGCGGCGCUGGUGGGACCGGAGGCAGAGGGAUGGCGGCGGCUGAUUCGCGCCGUGACCCGCCUGCAGGCCUGCGUCAGGGGUUACCUGCUGCGGAAGCGCUUUCGGAGCCUGCGGGCGGAGUACGAGGAAGUGGUGCGGGAGAUCGAAGGAGACCUGAGCCGGCUGGAGUGGAGGGGCCAGCUCCUGCCGCGGCCUGUGUUUGUCCCCGAGCCAGCCCAAGAGAAGUGUUCAGAUCCACCUGAGGCUGCACUGGGUGACAAAGCCAGCACAGAAAAACCACAGGAGGAGCUGGACACCACUGCACCAGAGCAGGACCAGGGCUGCAGUGAUGUGGAACCUGCAGCCCAGCUGCAAAGCGAGAAAGAGCUGAGCUCUGUGGGUGAAGGCCAUGCAGUGAGCCCCCCAAACCUUGGGGCUGAUGCUGAUAAAGGCUCUGCAAAGGACCCCAGUGCCCCAGCAGAGAGCCAGGACUGGCAGGAGGACAGCAGCAUAUCCUCUGUGUGGGACAGCACUGCCCUGGAGCCAGAGUCCCUUGAAGACUGCCUGGAGGUUCCACUUGAGGACCUAAAGGAGCUUCCCCGGACUCGCUCUGGCCUCCAGGCCUACAGGAAUCACCUCCUCAUGGAGCUGCUGUGGCUGCAGCAAGCUAUUGCCAGCAGGGAGAACUACUUGAUGCUGAAACAGAGUCUGGGCACUCCUGACCCCUAGAAGGCCAUUCCCAGCCUGUGGGGCACUCAUAUUGGUAUGUGUGGAGAAGCAGUGGACCUGCAACACCACAGGCAUGACAGCAGCACCUUGGAGGGACCCCAGCUCCGUGGGCUGACGUUUUCCACUUCAGAUGGACGUGGCAAGGAAGCCUUCUCUGCCUUUUAAGUGCAAAUGUUUGGUCAAAGCAGGGCUUAAACACCACUGUGAAGCCAGGGAGGUGGUUGUGUGUCCUGGAGGGAGGCCUCCUUCCACAGGAAUCUGAUCUCUCUUGGCUGAGCUGGAUGGGGCAAGUGGAGGCUGGGCAGGCUGUCACUUACAGAAGGGACUUCAGCUGAUUGCUUGUGGUGGACCUGAAGGCAGCAGGAGCUUUGAACCUGCAGGAGCAAGCUCCUCUCUGCUGAGCUGUGGGUGGCCCAUGGGGGUGUCUGAGCUGUGUGUUUGGGAUGGCUCUGCAGGAUCUGGGAUCUCCAAGCCCUCCUGGUUGGCCUUUGGGAACACCUAGUUGAAGCAUUAAGUUAGGAGGAGGGUUUCCUGGCUUCCCUGUGCAGCUGGUGGGGAGUGAUGGCACCUCAGAGCUGACCCUGAGAGGAUGAGGUUUGGCUUCUCUGGCCAUGGUAAUCUCCCGGUGGCAGUCACCUGAACUGGUGCUAGAGGAGGGAGGGAGUCAGGACUUCAGGGGGUUGGAGCUUUGUCUCUAGGGUGCUCUAGUUCACGGGUGUUUGAGGGCCCUCAGAAAGGGUCCUCCCACCUGGUGUUGUGUUUCCCUGCUGUGACCCUGGGUCUCCUGUGGAAACACUUCUGUGUUUGCUAGGAGGGUCACUCCUGCCUCGGGGCAGAUGCCACUUUCUGUUCCUGAUGGUGCUGACUCAGUUGUGAAUAAAA